AACAAUUCGACCUAUUUUGAGCUAAAGCACAGUGGCGCCGCUCUCAAUGUUCGCCGUCUCCACCGCAUUUCCACCGGAAGGGUGUUAUUAAGUUGAGAGAUGAAAACUGUUGAUAAUUCCAAAAUGGGUGAAGAUUUCUUUAAAUAUCUACCAUCAGAAAUCGUAGUAGAUAUCCUCUUGAGACUUCCCACUCGAGCAGCUAUGGCCUGCAAGUGUGUUUGUAAGCCAUGGCUAGGUCUGCUCGCUACUCCAGAGUUUGUGAAUUCACAUACGUCUAGAUCAGUCCUGGGCAUUGCUUUUGAAACACGCUCCAUGUCAUACAAAACCAUUGAAUUUGUGGAUGAGCUUGGCCUCGACUUAGAUGAGGAGCAUCGUUGGGAUGUAACCUUCAGCUUCAGACUCCCUUUUGAUGGACCGUUUCGUAGUUCAGUUAAUGGUGUGAUCUUUAUAAGAGACUUUGAUCAUGGUGAUCUUAUCCUGUGCAAUCCGAUCACACGUGACUAUAUCAAGCUCCCUCGUCCUAGACUCACUCCCCCAAAAGUUCAGGAUGAGUUGGAUAAUUUUGGAUUUGGAGUGAGCAGAAUGACGAGACAAUAUAAGGUGGUUUGGAUUCUCUCUUCAGUAGGCCAUUCUGAAAAUCCACCACCAGGAGCGAAUUCCCGAAAUGCGUGCCAAGUGUACACAGUUGGAACCGGAUCAUGGAGAAAUGUUCCCUUUGGUAUGCAGCUCAGGUUUAUUGGCGACAAUGGAGGGGUAUUUUUUAACGAAAAUCUUCAUUGGACGGUAGCGAAAACAAGAAAAGGCUCUAAUAGAUGGAUUGCUUGCUUUAAUCUUGAAACGGAACUUUUUAGCACCUUCUCUGCACCUCGUCCUCAUGGUAGAGGUUUUCUCUUUAGUAGGUCACUCUGUGUUUUGAGGGAUUGCCUUUGUGUAAGCGAUAUUUCAAAGGAUGGGUGCGUUAUAAUCUGGUUGAUGAAGGAAGACGACCGCAGUUGGACAAAGAUAUUUGUCAUCCCUGAAAGUGACAGACUUCCUGACAACAGUGGAGCUGAACGACUUACUGGUGCAGUUCAUAUUUGGCCGAUUAGAAUUUUUGAAAAUGGUGACGCCUUAAUGGAAUGGGAGGAUGGCAUGAUAUUCUACUACUCCAACAAGAGGAAAAAUUUGGACUACAACAUCAUGUCUCUAGGGGAUCGUGAUCCGUUCACCUGUACGAUCAUGUAUGCCUCGAGCUUUGUCUCCCUCAAGAGUUUUGUGAUGGAGAAUGUAUGCUCAUUUUGAGUUGUGACUGUGUAGUUUCUUUCAUGUCUCAUGGUGAAAUGCAUUAAUGGUGAGGAAUAUGAGAGAAUCUACAUCUAUUGCCAAGAUACUCUAAUUAUUAGUUUCUUGGGUUUUAUUUGUGAUAUGGAAUAGCUUUAUCGUGUUUAUUAAUUAGUUACACCCAUAUGUAAUUAAAAAAUAUUUAUAUAUU